UCAGUCUUCAAGCUACUUAUUACAAUUGAUGCUAUAACUCAAUCCUCAACAGGCAUUGAACGUAUCAGCCAGACAAUUUCUUAUUUGGGGAACCGAUAAGAUAGCCGAUAAGAUAAGAAGUCACAUGAUCACAGGCCCACCGCUUCGGGAGGGUCAAUCGAACUUUUUUUCGCCUCUUCUUUGACUCUUUGCUUGCGGCAUCGCUCACGUCCCCUUGUCACCACUCCGUCUCCGUCGGUCGCUGCAAAGAUGAAAUACGUUCUGGUUUCCGGAGGUAAGCUCAAUUGCUCGACUCGGCUGGAAACCAGCGGAGUUGCCAGGGUCCCUCGCGUCGUGCCCUCUUGCUAACGAACCGCCCGUCCCUCAGGUGUCAUCUCCGGCGUGGGCAAGGGCAUCAUUGCCUCCAGCACCGGUCUCCUGCUCAAGACUACCGGUCUGGCCGUCACCAGUAUCAAGAUCGACCCUUACAUCAACAUCGAUGCGGGCACAAUGGCACCUACUGAGUCAGUAUCUGCGUGGCUUUCGGCUUCUCGGUGACACACACCUUAUUGACAUCACCCCCACUAUGCUAGGCACGGUGAGGUCUAUGUCACAGACGACGGCGGUGAAAUGGACCUCGACCUUGGCAACUACGAGCGCUACCUCCUCUCCUCUCUCUCCCGCGAUCACAACAUCACCACCGGAAAGGUCUACCAGCACGUCAUCAACCGCGAGCGCAUUGGCCAUUAUCUCGGUAAGACCGUGCAGGUCGUGCCCCACGUCACCGAUGCCAUUCAGGAGUGGAUUCAGCGGGUAGCCAAGAUCCCCGUCGACGAGUCCAAGGCCGAGCCGGAUGUCUGCAUCAUCGAGCUGGGUGGUACCGUCGGUGACAUUGAGAGUGCCCCGUUCAUCCACGCUCUGAGCCAGCUCCAGAGAAAGGCGGGCAAGGGCAACUUUGUCCAGAUCCACGUCUCCUACGUGCCGGUCAUUCCGCCGGGACCUGGUGGUGAGCAGAAGACGAAACCCACGCAGAGGGCAAUCAGCGAUGUGCGGAGUGCUGGUCUCAACCCCGAUCUGAUUGCUUGUCGCUGCGAGCAACCUCUGGAAGAUAGCACCAUCCAGAAGAUCGCCAACAUGUGCUCCGUCGAGCAGCACCAGGUCAUUGCCGUUCACAACGUCACGACGACAUACCACGUGCCUAUGCUCCUCGAGAAGCAGAAGCUUAUCAGCACCAUCACCGAUAUGCUCGACUUGAAGUCGAUCCCGCAGACCCCCGAGCGCAAGGAGCAGGGCAGCCGCAUGUGGAACGACUGGUGCGAUCUUGCUCGUGGCCAGGACUUCCUCCACGAUUCCGUCUCCAUUGCCCUGGUUGGCAAAUACACUUCCCUUCACGAUGCCUACAUCAGUGUCUCCAAGGCUCUGGAGCACGCGGCCAUGUACUGCCACAAGAAGGUUCAGAUCAUCUGGGUCGACUCGUCGCAUCUGGAAGAUGACACCGCCUCCCCGGCCGAUUAUCACAAGGCCUGGCACGCGGUCUGCACGGCCGACGGUGUCCUGGUGCCCGGUGGUUUCGGUAACAGAGGUACUGAGGGUAUGAUGAAGGCCAUCACAUGGGCGCGUACCAACAACAAGCCGUUCCUGGGUGUCUGCCUGGGUAUGCAGCUGGCCGUGCUGGAGUUCUGCCGCAACGUCGCCAACAUCAAGGAUGUCGGCAGUGAGGAGCUGCACCCCAAGGCCGAGAACCACGCCAUUGUCUACAUGCCCGAGGUCGACAAGGGCAAGCUCGGUGGAACCAUGCGUCUUGGCAGACACCCCUGCGUCUUCCAGGAGAACACCGAGUGGUCUCGUCUGCGGAGUCUGUACGGACCCUCCGUCUCGCAGAUUGAGGAGCGCCACCGCCAUCGUUACGAGGUCAACCCUGAGAUGAUCGAGCAGAUCGAGAAGGCCGGUCUCUCCUUCAUUGGAAAGGACAUCAAGGGUGAGCGUAUGGAGAUCGUCGAGAUCAAGGACCACCCCUGGUUCGUGGGUGUGCAGUUCCACCCCGAGUACCUCAGUCGGGUCUUGAGCCCCAGCCGGGCUUUCCUCGGUUUCUUUGCCGCCGCUGCAGGAUGCCUUGAUGAGGUCUCCAAGGCAGUUGUGCAGGGUCAGCGGAGCAUUGGCCGCAAGCAAUAGAUCUCUUUGGCGGAGGAGCGGUAUUUUGCUGGAGUUCUGGUGAGAAGGAUACUGUUGGCGGUACACACCGUCUGGGUUUUUCUGUUGUCUGUCUGGGGCAAGUCUUGAGCGCUGCCUCAUGCCGUGAGGCAGCCCCAAAUCUAUACGACUUCGGGCCGUAUGGCAGGAUCGCGUGAGGAUACCCUUGACAAAGACCUGAAGCGUCACCCAGGUCGAUCAGGUCAUCACGACGCUGCACAAAAAGGAAUCGAAAAUAAUAUGUCGGAAGUUGUCUGUUUCCUCAGGUUAUGCUUUUGUUGAGAUUGCAGGACUUUUUGACUACGUGAUAUCACUAUAAUAUAAAAGUAUUGAGACGGCCGGUCCAUUGAUAGAUUAAAUCAAUACAAUAGAUUAGAUUUUGGUGCCA